AUGCGUCCCGCAACACUUCUUGUCUUUGCAUUGAGCUCCAGCGUGCUUGCGGCGCCAGCCACAGACGACCUCGAUCUUGACCGUCACGCUGCCAGCGCCGACUUUGAAGCCAUUAGCGGCAGGCAUAUCCCGCCUCCCGACCCUGUCCUCUGCGCGAAGAGAAAGGCAGAGUGUCAAUGCAGCAAGAUCGACAAGAGUACGAGCGAAGGCUUCUGGGAUGCACGACAAAUUUCUUCUGCGAGUGGUGUAGAGGUCUUUGGAGGUCGCCGCCUGCGUGAGGAGCGGCGUGCUUGGAUGAUCUGGACGAGUAACUGGUUGAGCGAGAGUGGCCUUGUCAUGUCCUGGGGUCACAGUGCUACCUCGACUGUAGAUGAUUCAAUGGAAUGA